AGGCGGCCGGCGCCCCGGGACCCGCCUCCGGGUGCCGGAGCGACCCCGCCCUCCCGGGCCACGUCCCGGCGCGCGGGCAGGAGCCUGCAGAGCAGGUGGGGGCGGCGGCCCCGCCUCCCGUCCCGGCAGCACCAGAGAACGGGCGCCCCGCGCGCAGCACCCGGCGCGGCGGCACCCAGGGCAGCACCCAACGCAGCGCCCACCGGGGCAGCACCCGGCGCAGCUCCGAGCGCAGCGCUCGCCGCGGGUCCGUGCGUGGCACCCAGAGCGCCCGCGUCGCGCACACAGCCCAGCGGCGCCUGCUCCAGGGACGGCGACCUGCGCUCCAGUCCGGUCCGGCCGGCGACAGAGCUGAAGCUAUUCUCAGUGGGACCAUUCGCAAGCCAGAGACGCUAACGCUGUGACAUAUGCCCGUCCCACCGCCACCCCCUCCUCCUCCUCCACCUCCACCUCCCCCACCCCUGGGGGCUCCUCCUCCUCCCCCACCAUCAGCACCUGUGAUAAGCACAGACACUCCCAGCUUGAGGAAGGCAGAUCUUAAAGGUCGGAGUGCACUGUUGGCUGACAUCCAGCAAGGAACUCGCCUACGAAAAGUCACGCAGAUCAAUGACCGAAGUGCCCCGCAAAUUGAGAGUUCAAAAGGAACGAACAAAGAAGGAGGAGGUGCCACUACCCCCCGAGGAGGAAGCACGCCCCCAGCCCUGGGAGAUCUGUUUGCGGGGGGCUUUCCUGUGCUACGACCAGCAGGCCAGAGAGAUGCAUCAGGUGGCAGGACAGGGCCGGCCCCUGGCUCCCGAGCGCCAUCUCCGCGGCUGCCCAGCAAAGCUCCGUGCGCCCCGUCUACCCCCACGGCCUCUCCCAGGCUGGGCUCCGAGGGCGCGGCCAGGCCCGGACCCCCGCGCCCCGGCGUGCCCGCGCCCGCGCCCCCCACUGCGCCCCCGCCGCCCCCGCCGCUCCCCGCCCCGUCCCCCCUGAAGGCCCCCUCGGGGCCCCCCAGCAAAGGAAACCCCCCGGCCGCGCCGCCCCCGCCGCCGCUCCCGGGCGACAAGGCCCUGAAGGCCCAGCUGGCCCCGCUGCAGCUGCCGCCCGCGCCCCCGCCGCUGCCGCUCCUGCCGCCCUGCGGGAACCCGGGGCUCGCGGGGGACGCGGCCAGCCCGGCCCAGGAGCCGCCCCCGCCGCCCCCGCUCCCCGCCUACGCUCCCUGCACCCCCAGGUCCUCGGGCCCGGCGCCCCCUUUGCCCGGCGCGAGCAGCAAUGAAGCGCCACCGCCACUGCCCCCCAAGUCCCCCUGCUACCCAGCCCAGCCCGCCAAGCCCAGCGCGCAGCCCGGACCCCCGGGGGCUCAGCCCUACGUGCAGAAGAAACGCCCCGGCCGCGGCCCAGGGACAAGUGGUGGGAAGCUCAACCCGCCCCCUGCGCCCCCGGCCAGGUCGCCCACCACGGAGCUUUCCAGCAGGAGCCAGCAGGCCUGGACCUCCAACCAGCAGCCGGGAGGGCAGCUGCGGAACGGCAACCUGCCUGCCAUGGAUGACUUUGAAUCUAAAUUCACCUUCCAUUCAGUGGAAGACUUUCCUCCUCCGGAUGAAUAUAAACCAUGCCAGAAGAUUUACCCCAGCAAGAUGCCCAGAAGCCGCACCCCUGGCCCCUGGCUCCAGGCUGAGGCGACAGGGCCCGGCUCAGAUGACAUCAAAGGCAGAAAUUCUCAGUUAGCUCUGAAGACUCUCCGGUGAGAAGACAGAUGAAGCCCAGUUCCCGUUAGCCCCCUGGGGCUCCCCGUCAAGGCGGGCACCCCCAGAGAACACGUCCCUCCUGCUCACCAUCCAGCUGACUCAGUUGCCCUCCAGGCUCCAAGCGGAGCAUUUAUUUAUUGUACAUAGGUGGUGUGCGCAGGCUCUAAGCAGUAUUGUAGUCAACUUUUAUUUAAGUCAUUGUUAAAAAGAUCCACUCACCCAAUUUUUUUAAGUGUAUCUUGUCCCUCAUUGUCGCUCUGUCCAACUGGAGCCCAGUCCCCGUCCCCUCGUAUCCACUCCGUGACCUCUCCCCUGCGUGGGCGCUGCCCUACCUACACUCAGACCCAUUCUUAGGAACGCCCUUCCUUUGCAGGUGGUCCCAGAGUCACAGCCGCCCGGCUUCUUAUUGGCAUGAUCUCAUUUUUUCCUCGCCCCAACUGCGAAAUCAAACCAAACAAUGCCUUAUCGAUGCCCGCUCUGUGGAGCCGUGCGUCCCACACCCGACCGCGCCAUGCAGCCUCGCGACACAAGGCCAUGCUGUUGCUUCUAUUUCUUAGUACAGGGAUAUAAUUGUUUUAUUUUGGCUGCCUAAUGUAAAUACACUGCAAAUCAAGGCAAGCCUGGGCUUGCUCCCCCUCCCCCAGGUGACCACAGCGCCCCUUUUGUAACUGAACCGUACGACCCAACAAGUAGCCAAGCUCCUUUACUGUUUACAGUGGCCUAGUGCCCAAGCCCUGAGCCUUUUCUCCUGCCCCCCAAGCUCCCGUCAUGGGCGCAGCCCAAAGGCGACUUGAUGAUAAGAGUUCAGAAUUUCCCCUGCAAGUUAGACACAUAAGCACCUCAUUUUUAUAGUAAAUUAACCAAUUCUGGCUCAAGAGAUCAUUGGUUUUCUCUCCGAGUUCACACUUCCUGUGGGAAACGGGAGAAGAAAAAGCAGAGACCCAAAUGUGUGGUGAAGUGAGCCAAAGCCAUAGUGCAAUGGGUCCAACACUUGCCUUGCACGUGGCAGACCCGGGUUCAAUCCCUGGCACCACUUGUGAUCCCUCAAGCUCGUCAGGAGUAAACCCUGAGUGCAAAGCCAGGAGUAAUCCCUGAGCACCACCAGGUGUGGCCCAAAAACCAAACAACAAGAACAACAAAGUGUAUUGUGGAGUAUCGGCCUCCAAUACCCAGGGGCCCCCUCGCAGGCUCUGACAACCUACCAGCAUCCACAGGCAAAACCCCCUGCUCUGUAAUCAACAGCCCAAACUGCAGCUCUCAGAGGUGAGGUGGACAAAUACAGCAGCCCUGGGAGAUGCCCCGCCAGGACCGGACAUGUCAGCACACACAUGUUUUAUUCUCCUGGAGCAGGUCAGGGAAUGGACGUGUGUUUUUGUGGGUCGCCUGCCUCUACCUGGCCCCCAUCCCUGGAGAGGAUGGAGAGAACAGAGGGAAACUGGUUCCUGGGCGGUGCUCCGGGCCUUUGCAGCCUGGAGGGGGAGGAAAGUGGGGACAGGCAGUGGAAGAUGUGGCUCUCGCAUCAGACCUCAAUGCCAUCACCCCACACCACGUGAUCCCCACACGCCUCAGUGGUUAGGCGGGGUUUGGCCUGCACCUGACUGUGCUUCUUAGCUGCAGUCUGGAGGGAACACCAAGGAGAAGCUUCCUCGUCCCAGACAGACACACCCGAGCAGGGCCUCACUCCCUCCCAGGGCCUUUGGCCCUGCCAGCCGGCCACCGCCAAGCCACUGGCCGAGAGGCCCUGCGGGCCCUCUGCUCUAAGCAUAGUUGACUGAUUGAUUUUUUUUCCCCCUGUUGAUUCUGGAAGGUUUCCAAAUGGCCAGAAUUUCCUUAUUACAGCACAAUCCACUCCACUGCCCUCCGAGCUGUACAGAAUCCCGAGUCUGGUGAGGAAGAUCACGGCCCUAGACAAAGGAAAGUCCUUUUCCCAGGAGCCUGCCCUGAUGAGGAGGUCAUAUGUUUGUGUCCUGCACGACUGGCACAGAAGAAAAAUUAAAGUGAUUCAAGGACAUAGGGAAGAGCAGAAACCAAAAAAUUGUGAUGAGGGAGAAAUCUCAGGAAUCAGGCUUCCCCUCUCCUCGAGACCAAUCGCUGCAUCAAACCCUUCCAUGCCUGACCCAUGCCCACUCCCUGACAGGCCCUUGAACCCGUGCCGUGUGCUGGGUUCUCUCCGACAGGGUUAGCCCCCAACACCCCCCCUUCCUCCCUGGAACACUCUCGCUUGACCUUGUCAUCUGCAACAGCCCCCAUAUUUCACCUGUGUUUUAUAUUUAUUGAUGUUCUCUCUGCAGUUUCAGUUCUUUGUACCUAAUAAACUUUAAUAUGUGGAAAUGUU